GUCAAAAUAUUAUGGUUGUCAAGCAUCCAGCGACGAUCACCAAAAAUUAUUUGAUAAAUCGAUUUAUUUCAUAUAUUUUUCAAUUUGUGGGGUUUCUUUCUUUCUUAUUAGAUUCUGGUUAAAAUAGGAACGGCUUGUAUUAAAAAUGGCGGACAUGCAAUGUGCUUGUACAAAGGAAGAAGAGGAGUCAAGUGAACCGCUACUUCCUCACUGCGUCUGCCCGAGGGAUGAUCACGAUAUCGUCAUUCACGAAGAAACCUGCCUUUUUUACAGGAACGAGACGAUGAUCUAUGAGAGAGAGGAUGCGUGCGAUUGCGUGAUCCCUGGAGAUGAAGAUGGUGUUUGCAGAUGCUGUGCGUGUCCUAUCGACCAGUGCAAAUGCAACAGAGCGGGGAGAGAAGCUUUUGAUGAGUGGCGCAGCAAGAGAGACAUUGGGGCGAUGCCAGCUGUUUUGGACUCUACCCAUCCCCUGAUGAAGCGGUUCCAGGAGACGCUCACACGGUUCCUGGAGAAAGAGAACGCUCUUGCGGAGGACGAAAUUAUUAGAUUGCGUGACGAACUCCGGCUCAGCAAGCAGCAGUAUGAAAAAGAUCUUGAAACUAUUUAUCGGAAUGACCACGACACUAAUGCUCAAAGAGUAAUGAUCGAGGAGUAUGAAGCGUCGUUGGCGAAAAGGACAGAAGAGCGCCAGCAGGCGGAGCAGCGGGCUAAGGAGUCCAACGACAAGUAUAAACAAGCUAAGGAGAAGUUGGAACAAAAUACUAUAACUGAACGGGAAGCAUCGGAGGAGCUGGAAGCGUUGACCACGCUCUGUCGGCAGCUGGAAGCGUGGCGCGAGGAGACGGAGUCCGACCUCACCGUCAACCAGCGCAUGUCCGACAAGAUGCGAGUCGAGAAGAAGACGCUGGCCGAUGAAAAGAGACAGCUGGACACGAUCAUCUACAGCCUCAGUAAUGAAGUUUGGAAAUUAGAAUCAAAACUGGAAAUGUUCCAAAAGCAGUUGGAAAUCAAAAACGUUGAAAUGGAAAAAGUUAAUGAUAAGGUGACAGCGUAUGCAGCAGAAUUGGAAGACUUGGAGUUAGAAAAAAAGCGUCUUGUAAGCCUUUGGAACUCCGUGCUAGUAAAUAUUCAACAACGGGACAAGGCAUAUGAUUCCGUCCGAGAUGAUUACAGAUCUCUACAAGAAAACUACCGCACGCUGUUGAGCAACUUGGAGAUAACUAAGAAGGUGGUGAUGGAAGAGAUGAAUAAAGGGAAGGAAAUAGCUAUGAACAAGGACAAACUCACGUAUGACAUCAAUAAUGCUAAUAAGCUGUUUGAAGCCGAGGACGCGAAACGUUUAGCACUGGAGGCACAAAUAAAUGAACUGUCGGAAGCUAUAGAGAUGACAGAACGAGACGAGGAGCUUAUCAAAUCGGAAAAUCAAGCAAUGAGGAACAUAUUAAAAACCACGGAAAAUGAACUACAACAUCGUACGGAGCAGAAACUGAAGCUGGAAAACGAAAUCCUGAAUAACAUUCAGGAGUGUCUGCUCAAUGACAAAGCAGUGGAGUCUAUGGCCAACGGAAUUAAGAAGAUGAGGGAAAUGUCUAGGAAACAGGAAAUCUCUCUUAUGGCAAUGGAGAACCAGCACGCGAAAGUGAUGCUAGACAUAGAAGUCCACCGCAACAGAGAAGCUAGAAACAAUGCUUUACUCGAGGAGAAUCUAGCUAAAGUGAGAGAAAGGGAGAAAGAGAUCGAGGCCCUCCAAGAGGAGUACGAACAGAAGAUGCUGGUCAUCAUGAGGAAGCAACGGGAGUUGGACAUCAUUGUUAAGAAGUAUACUGCGCUGAAGGAAAUAUUUGAUCUGAAGUCCCCUCAAGAGCGCAACAUCGAGGAGUUGGAGCAGCAGAUCAAGGGCUUGCGCGAGCGUGCGGAGGGCAUGCAGGCGGAGUGGCUGCGGCUGCAGGGCCACGUGGUGAAGCUGACCGCGCAGCAUCAUAAAAUCGUCGCGGAUAUCAAUCUCAUUAACAAACAAAUACAGAUUUGUGAGCAGAAAACAAUGCGUAUUCAAGCGGAGACGGAGCGUAUAGACCAAGAGCGGGCGCGUGUGGAUCGCAGUCUGCGUGACUUGCGCGGCCGGCUCGAAGUGCUGGAGCGCACGCGCAAAGAAGCCGCCGAGCGCAACCAGUUCGCGCAAAGAGCCAACCUGGCUGUCACGCACGAGUAUACCGCUAACCUAAAGGAUGCCGAAAGUGACAUAAUUCAGUUAGAAGAAGACAUUGAAGCUUUCGAAAAGGAAAAGAUGAAUCUUACGCAAGAGUUGGAGAAAGCGCAACGGGAAGCGCUCAUCUGGCAACGGAAGGGCAUCUUGGCGGUGGACCUCAAGAGGAACAUCCAGAACGCCAAGUCCGCGGCUGGUGAAAUCGGCCAGAUGCGAGCGGAGAUUCACAGGAUGGAAGUUCGUAGGGAACAACUCCGCAAGACUGGGGAGAAGUUAGCUGAGGAUCUGGCUUUGUACGUGACGCGCAGGGAAACGGCGAUGGAGAAGAACCGCGCGGCCGCCGCCGUGGAGAAGGCCCACGGGCCCUCGCCGACAACGUCCCAGUCCACUUACCAUCACAAACUGAGGCUCGCUAAAGCUGACGUCGCUAGGGUUACUAAAGACUUAGCAGAAGCCAAAGCUCACUUGGAGGAAUUGCAAAAAGAGCAAGAAAGACUGGACCACGAUGUAUCGAACACGAGCGCCGCCAACGCGCAGCUUGAGGAAAACGUCGCGAGCUUGCUGCGGGAGUGUCGUGAGGCGGAGAAGCACAAGAAAUGGCUCCUUGAACGAGUGGUUCGCAGCCAGCGCCUAGGUAGCGAACUAGCCACAUCGAUCAAGCGUCAAUCUGUACGAGUGAAAAAGUCAAAAACCACCGUUCUCACAGAAUACAACCAAGCACUCGCGCUCAACGAGCGACUCAACUACAUAGUCCAAAAGCUGAUGAAUGAAUACCCUCACUUGAGCGACAAGCUGGAAACUAUAGCGAACACCUUGAACAUACACUCGCCGACAGGGUCGCCUAGAUUCUUCGAGGAUGAUUGCGUGUGUGAAGAGCCAAAGAAGCCAUGCGGGUGUGUAGGAGAAUGUACGGGUACGUGUCGCCAAGAAGCCCCGGAGAAACUCGAAGUUGGUCAUGAUGACCAACCUGAAUGAGUGAGACAGUAUGGCUGAGAUCUAUAGAGCGCACUUUGACUUUGCUCAGACUUUUAGACACUGUUAAAACGAGACAGCGUAUUCCGCUGCCAUAAAUCUGUCUCGUUUUA